CGUACAACUAAUCAGCAGCCGCCUGCUCAACCGUCAUCAUUCCUAUUACCAAGUGCUACAGCACCUCCGACACCGCCAAGACGCUGUACAGCCAAGUUCUUGCCGACAAACGCACCCUUUUCCCAGCUCCAACCAUGGCCACCGUCGAGCACUGUCUCUGCUGCUUCGAAGCACUCGUCGCCUAUCAUGAGCGUCGCAAGCCCAUGAGCCUGUCUGAAAUUGAAAAGUCAUGGGUCGAAUACAUCAACACCGUUGACGAGAACAACGGCGACGGCGACGAUGACGACCAAGAGGCCAAUGUCUCCAGCAAAGCUCCUCAGAUCCCCGCGCUCCGUAGACUAGCCGCGGCAACUUUGCCGUCGUCGACCACCUCAUCAUCGACCUCCCUUGCCACAAGCAGCAGCAGCACCAGCGCCAGCACGAGCAGCAGCAACACGACCCUCCAGUCCGGCAUCUCUACGCCUGCAACCUCUAUCGCCUCCUCCGCCUCUCCCACCCCGCCUACACCCGUUUACGAAUCUCCCCUUUUCGUAACCUGGAACGUCGUCCGAGACUCGGAUGAUGACGACGUUUCCCUCCGUGGCUGCAUCGGCACUUUCGAGUCCCAGCCUCUUUCCUCCGGCUUGCCCUCGUAUGCCCUGACCUCUGCUCUCCAAGACACGCGCUUUCACCCCAUCAGCCGGGCCGAGUUGCCUUCGCUGCAAGUGGCUGUGACGCUGUUGACUGACUUUGAGCCCGCGGCCGACGCCAUGGACUGGGAGCUGGGCAAGCACGGGUUGCGCAUCAGCUUUGUGUACCGCGGACGCAGGUACGGGGCGACGUACUUGCCGGAUGUCGCGCCGGAGCAAGGGUGGACCAAGGAGGAAACGGUGGUGAGCCUGAUGCGCAAGGCCGGAUGGGAAGGGAACAAGUCGAGGUGGAGGGACGUGGAACUGAGGGUGGUUAGAUAUCAGGGGAAGAAGGAGAAAUUGGAGUAUGAGGAGUACAAAGCCUGGAGGGACUGGGUGGAUGGAAAGAAGGCGGAGUGAACGUUAAGAGGAAGAGGAGGAGCUGCGUGGAAUCAUUGGGUUGCAUGGAUGAAUCACCUGUUUUGGUCGAGGAGUUAUGGUGAGGAAUAUUGGUAAACCGAGGUGUUUGGCGUAGAGGCAUAAACGGAUACGAUGAAGGGA